AUGAUGGACAAAAUGAAGCACGAGUUCAAAGAGCAGCUUAAGAUCAAAGGGCUCGUGGACGAGAUUAAAAAAAACUUGAAUCGUCUUCCGGACUCGAAUAAUUAUGAAUGCCCCCUGUUUAUCCUCAAAGUUGAUGAGCUGAUGGAUGUUUCUGCUUGGGAGGAUACCAGAAAUGCUUUGAGCCUGUUAAACUGCAGCGCUGAUUUGAUGAUUGUCACCACCGCGAAGGACAUCCAGCUGGCUAAAGAAUACUGCUAUCCACCGCGAGAACCUAUAGACUAUUCUCUUGCUGGCCUCUACCAUGAUGCAGUACUCGAGCUUACUAGUCAGCAGAAGAAUGAAGACAGCUAUAACCCCCAAAUUUUUCAUGAUAUCUUGUACGAGUGUGAGCCACAUGAAUUCUGCAUGAAGGUGUUCACUCAUGCUCUGUAUGCUAACCCCAAGAGGAGCGGUGAGGAAUUACACAAGCUGCACAGCACCCUGCGGGCUUUACCAACAAUAUCAUUCAACAGCAUUGCUAAGGUGAUGUUCAAGUUCUCUUACAAUGACCUGCCUAAAGAAUACAAGUCCUGCUUGCUGUACCUAGCUAUCUUCUCUCCCAGACAAAAGAUCAGGCGGUCAACCUUGAUUGCACGCUGGGUUGCAGAAGGGCUGACAUCCAAGGAAGAUUGGCCCAGUUCUGUGCGUCAGGCCAACCGAUGUUUUGACACACUCGUUGGCCGUUGCCUUGUUGAUCCUGCUGAUAUUGAUGCCAUGGGAAAAGUAAAGAGCUGCCUCGUAAGUGAUUCAGUUCAUGGAUUCAUCACCACCAUCGCCAGAAAACAACACAUUGUGGAGACACGCCUGUCACAUCACUUGGCUCGCCACUUCUCCAUUUUCAAUGAUCUCCAACUCCGCAGCUCUGAUAGAAUUGAUCAAUUCUUCCAUGGGCUCUAUAAAUCAUCUCAAGUAUCCCUGCUCAAGGUGCUAGAUCUAGAAGGUUGUCGGUGCUUUCUUGAGAAGAACCAUCGGUACCUCAAGGAAAUCUGCAGCAAGAUGUUACUGCUCAAGUAUCUGAGCCUAAGGAAAACAGAUAUUACCCAGCUACCAAGUGAAAUCAACAACCUCCGUGAGCUAGAGGUACUGGAUAUCCGACAAACUGAUAUACCUUCACAUGCAACAACACAUAUCCUGCUCUUGAAGCUGAAGCGCCUGCUAGCUGGUCACACUGAUCCAAGCAAUUUUGAAUCCAGUCCCCGGAUUCCUCAUAGUGUCGACAAAAUGCUAAACAUGGAGGUACUAUCCAAUGUAAAGGCUCAGAAGAGUCGUGAUUUAAAAGAUAUUGGAAAGCUAUGGCAGCUGAGGAAGCUAGGUGUGGUUAUCCAUGAUAUGGAUAGCCACCUCAGGAAUUUGCUUCAGGAGAUCGGUGACUUACAUGAGUGCCUCCGUUCUCUGUCAAUCACUACUACUCCCGUAGUCUCAGCACGCAAGGCUACUCCUUCCAGUGCAGAGUUGCCUGGCUCUCUCUUAAAACACUUCCCCAAGAUCCUUGAGAGUCUAAGCAUCAGGGGAACCACACAGAAGGGGCGUCUUCUUCCAUUGUUCAUAAAAGGUGACAACAACAAACUUGCCAAGAUAACUCUAUGUCACACUCUGCUGAGCCAAGAUGAUCUGGAAGUCCUUGCCAAGUUGCCCAAGUUACGGUGUGUCAGGCUCCAACAUAUUGUAUGCAGCGAACAAAAGCUGAACUUCAAGGAAGGUGAAUUCAGAUGCCUCAAGUACCUUCUUGUUGAGGACUUGGACUUGACUAAUAUUACUUUUGAGGAUGAGGCAGCCAGUGAGCUCGAGAAGAUGGUUUUGUCUAUCAGCAGCAAAUGUUCUAUUUCUGGAGUUGACAAUCUUCUUAAACUGAAUGAGCUUGAGUUGAACAGCAGCUUCUGCGGCAGUUUGCUUGACGAUGCCAAACAGAUAGCCAAGCUAACUCUUCGUGGUACAUUGCUAGAGCAAGAUGCUCUACAAACACUCACCAAGAAACCAAAUAUACGCUCUCUGGUGCUCCUGGACAAGUCUUUGAGUGGAAGUCAGAACAAGAUUACAUUGAAAAAAGAUGAGUUCUUAUGGCUCAACCUUCUUGUUGUUGACUGCUUAGCCAUUACCGAGAUUGAUUUCAACAGCGGGUCAGCUCCUAGGCUCGAGAAGAUUGUCUGGUCAUCUUCCACAUCUCUCUCCGGCAUCAAGAAACUUCCCAGAUUGAAGGAGCUCGAGUUCAACGUCAACGGUGUUGGUGGCCAAGUCCCUGAUCAGGUGAGGGAGGCCAUUAAAUACCAUAAAAACAAGCCUACUCUUAAAAUUAACAGACCAGAAACUCAAGACUAA